CAACAUUUGUGUUUGUUCUUAUCAUUUCUGGUCAGGUAGGCGAAAUAUUAGGCUGAAAUCCUAAUUAAUAUUGCUCGUAUGUAUCUUUCCCACCUAACUUUAGUUUGAACCCUGUCCAAACCCUCUAUUUACUGUCUGGGGAAGUAGUUGCCAAAAGUCAACGCCAUGUCUGCAGAUUCGAGUUAGUGUAUUAUGGUCAGACUCGGAUUUUUUUUUUAUUCCAUCCAGCUGGAAGAUAUCAAAUAUAUUCGAUAUUUUUUGAUGAGCCGAUUUUAGGACACAUAUUGUUUGUCAUGUGUAUCAUAGCCUAACAAGACGCACGUUUCUGCAUGAGUUUCUUGUGAUCAAAACAACUUCAAAAUUUGGUAGUGUUCGAUCCUCAGUCGUGUACGAUGUCCAGGUUUUCCUUUAUUUCCUGAUAAUUACAAAGUCGGUAAGUGUAUGAUGCCCAAUAUGUUAACAUAUUGACCUUAUUGACACCUGGUUUGCGAAUUUUUUUCAAACAAAGAACCAGGAAGCGUUUACUCUCAAGUUCAGGAAAACGAAACUUAUUGUCCUUUCGCUUUUGUGCAUUGAAAAGGACUUAGGUUGGAGUAGUCUACGCUUUUGUUUGUGCGCGCAUGCAAUAAAAUGGCAGAAUCCAGUAUUCCAGUGACUCAAGGCCAGUUUAACUGUUCAAUCUGUCUGGAUCUACUGAAGGAUCCAGUGACCAUUCCCUGUGGACACAGUUACUGCAUGAGCUGUAUUACAGGUUACUGGGAUCAGGAUGAUCAGAAGAGAGUCUACAGCUGCCCUCAGUGCAGACAGACCUUCACUCCAAGACCUGUUUUAGGUAAAAACACCAUGCUGGCUGAAGUGGUGGAGAAUCUGAAGAAGAGGAAACUCCAAACCGCUCAGCUUGAUGACUGCUAUGGUGAAUCUGGAGAUGCAGAGUGUGACAUCUGUACUGGGGAGAAAAACAAAGCCAUCAAGUCCUGUCUGGUGUGUCUGGAAUCUUACUGUCAGACUCAUUUUGAGCAUCACGAAGAAUUUCACUCAAAAAAGCGACACAAAGUAACUGAUGCCACUGGAUCACUAAAGGAGAUGAUCUGUCCUCUUCAUGAUAGGUUGUUAGAAAUGUACUGUCGUACUGACCAGCGCUUUAUAUGCAUGCUGUGCAUGUUGGAUGAACACAAAAACCAUGUAACCGUAACACCUGCUGAAGAGAGGACUGAGAAACAGAAACUCUUGGAAGAAACCCAGAGAAAAUUCCAGCAGAGAAUCCAAGAGAAAGAGACAGAGCUUGAGAAGCUGAGAGAGACUGUGGAGUCUCACAAACGCUCUGCACAGGCAGCAGUGGAGGACAGUGAGAGGAUCUUUACCGAGCUGAUCUGCUCCAUUGAGAGAAUCCGCUCUGAGGUGACACAGCGGAUCAGAGAUCAAGAAAAGGUUCUUGUAAGUCAAGCUAAAGGACUCUUGGAGCAAAUUAAGGAGGACAUUGAUGAUCUGAGGAGGAGAGAUACUGAGCUGGAGCAGUUUUCACACACAGGUCACGUCCACUUCCUCCAGAGUUUCCAGUCUUACAAUGUCCCUCCUGCAUGUAAGAAAUCGCCUAGCAUCGCUGUCAGUUCUUGUCUCUCUUUUGAUGAUUUGAGAGUUUUUUUCACUCAGAUGGAAGAGAAACUGCAGAAAGUUUUAAAAGAAGAGGGAGAAAAAACGUUUAGGAAUGUAAGAUACACAGAGAUGAUUCCCACUCCUGAAUACGAGAGCAGGAAUGAGUUUCUGCAACAUUACCAGCGGAUCACUUUAGAUUGUACCACAGCUCAUGAUUACCUCAAGCUGUCAAGCUGGAACAGAGUGGUUACUAACAUGAAAAAAGACCAGUCACAUCGUGAACAUUCUGACAGAUUUGAUCACUGGUAUCAGGUCUUGAGUAAUGGGAGUUUGAAUGGACGCUGCUACUGGGAGGUUGAGAGGAAAGGUUUUGUGUAUAUAUCAGUGUCAUAUAUGAGCAUCUCCAGGAAGGGACGGAGUCGAAGAUGUGAGUUUGGAUCUAAUAACUGUUCCUGGAGUUUGUCCUGCUCUAACUACAGUUGUUCAUUCUUGCACAGUGGCACAAGCAUUGCACUCCCUGAGGUACCUAGCUCCUCUAGAAUAGGAGUGUAUGUGGAUCACAGUGCAGGAACUCUGUCCUUCUACAGCGUCUCUGACACAAUGAGCCUCAUUCACAGAGUGUACACCACAUUCACUGAGCCUCUCUAUGCUGGGUUUUGGCUUUACUAUGAUGCACAAGUGGAAUUGUGCAAUCCAACAACACAAUAGAUUACAGUUACUGGGUUGUACCUUUUCACGUUUUUUGGGGUGGUAGAUGCCUCGGGGAACCGUUUAUAGACCUUACAGCAACACGGAAAAAGUCAGAUUUUCAUGAUAUGUCACCUUUAAAAUGUAAUCAAAUGAAAAUUAGAAUUAACGUAUUUUUAUUUUGUCAGAUAAGAUGCUGCACAAUAGAACUGUAUAAAUUAAAAAAUGAUUUGGUUGCAUGAUAUUUCUUUAAAAUAAUAACAUUAUUGCUUUGAGAACUGCAAUUUAGUACACAGUAGUAAAAUACUUCUGUCAUAAUUUCUUCAAGUUAAACCGGACUUUAAUUUUGACAGGUUGUCCUGAAGUUUUACUUUCAGUGUAUUUGACGGCGGUUUUUCUCAAAUGAAAAGGUGUAAAGCUGGUGAAGUGACUCUCAGAGGUGUUCUAGAGAUUAAGUUAAAAGUUCAUUUCCUCAUAUUGAGCUCAGAUGCUGAAAACUCCGCGGCAUUUGAGUUUGAGUAUUAGAACUAACCGCGCUAUUCAUUCACCAGAGACAGGCAGAAAAUGCAGACAUAUUAGCGGCAUGCGCUGACUGCUCUUGUGUUUGUUUCUGCUUUGUGAUAGGAUGUUAAAUUAAUCCAUAUCAAGUAAAAAGUAUCAUCCAAUAGUAAGUAAUACAGACCAUCUCUGGAGUGGGCGUGGCCAUUUGUAAAAUUUAUGAGAAGGUCCUGGCUGCAGCCUGCAGAACGGGGUGGAGCUGCAUGUGGGGCAGGGCUACAUGUGUCGCCCCGCCCACAAAUUAUAUCAUUGGUUAAUGACCAACGCCCUCAGCAGGAUUUUAUUUCUACUCGUUUGUCGCUGCGUUGGUGAGUAGUUGAGCUACGAGUUGUGUCUUAUUUGAUUAGUUGUAAUGUUUGAUUACAACUUAACUGGUUCUGGGUUUUUUUUUAGCUUGUUUACUGUACACCUCGUCACAUAGCAGCUUUUAGACUUUGUUUUUGUUAUAAGUCAGAAAUGACAAAAAAACAACUUCCUGCAAUACAAAGUCAAUGGUGGCCUUGGUUUCAGAUUAUGAUGCGUGUAUCUAUGCUAGUAGUCGUCAUUCAAGCCAAUGAAUGGUUAUUCCUUUUGUAAAUACAUUUCAGUUGCCCAUGGAGGUUUUGAAGAUGAUACUCCUUGAGGUAGUUCUACUGGAGGGAGACACUGCCUAAAUGACUCUGUCUCUCACA